AUGCAGAAAUCCUACAGAAUCCACACUGCCAGCUCCUGGGAAGAGAGGAAGCUGAGACAGCUGAAAAUUCCGGGUGUACCUUCCCACUCAAUGGAGGUGAUCAAGCAAGAUGUGUCUCAGCUCCAGAUCCCUAUGCUGCCAUUUCACAUACAAGCCACGCUGGAGGAAAGUGACCCCGUCCCUUCCCGGCAAGAACCCCAGGCUCCUCCUUCUCCUGCUUUGCAGCCAUCAAUCGCCGGGACAGCCCAGCGCUCCCAGGUCGGACUCACACACCCUCCUGCGGGAUCUUCUGGCGGGGGAGGAGGAAGCCUCGGACCCCGGGGUCUGCCCAGUGCACGGACUGCGCGCACGCACCGGGGCGGAGCUGGGCAUCCGGGCGGUGCGACCCCGAGUCCGGCCCGUGUUCCCAGGCACGAGGCGCACUUGACACCCCACGGGCGACCCCGCAGGUCCCCUCCGAAGGGGAAGACGGUGCGAGCAGCAGCACCACGCGCCUCGAACCCCGCUCAGCCCCCGCCCGUGCCCCGGAGCCUCCCGGGGUGCUGGGUGCCGGCACCGGGGGUGGGGUCUCCGCGGCCGCCGCCCCUUACCUCGCGCAGGCCCUCCCCGCAGGUCUCGGAGGCGGGGGCGAGAGGUAGCCCCGCGGACUGGCGCGGGGCUGGGUUUCCCCGCCGGGGCGGAGCGGGAGGAGGAGGAAGAGGAGCCGAGGAGGGGCGGGGGCGGGGAGGGACCGGCUUUGUGUCUGCCUCCGGCCCUCCCCCGGCUCCGGCGCUGCCCCUCCCCUUCCCCCAGCCACCCUCCGGCGCCGGGGGAGGGGACGAGGCGGGGGUGAGGCGAGGGGACGAGGAAGGCGCCUGCGCGACCCGGGGUCUGGCCGCCUGCUCCCCGCGUGCGGGAUCCCCUCCGCCCCUCGGGACGUGCAGCUUAGGCGCCUGUGGGUGACCGGGAACCCUGGCUGCUGCAACCGGGCGAAGCCGGGACCGAGAAAGUUGAUCUAACCCAAAGCAAACUUGGCUGGAGCAGCUCCCGACGCGCCUCGGCGCCGCCGCCCGGCUCUUCUGCGCUCCCCGGGGAGGACGCGAGUUUUGUUCUCAGAGAUUCUUCUCUGUCUCCUUUCUCUGCACUCACUGCUGAGCCGGGCAGCCGCCAGCACCCCCAGGCGCGGACCCCGGGAUCAGCCCUGGGGGCUGGGAAGCCUCUGUGGGGGAGGUCCUGGGUGGGCUCCGGACCUUUGUUCGUGCUCAGAGGCGCUCCAGAGCCGGGCAGCUGCCGCGCUCUCCCUGGGGGAUGUUUUGCAGCAUCCCCGCUGGGAAGCCCGUGGCCAGGGUCGGUUUUGGAGUUUGCAGAGCUGCCUAGCCCCACCCCGCUCCCCCCACCCCCCUCCGCCAGGACCCCAGGGAACCAGAGCAGCUGGGAGGCUGAAUGUUGUUUAGCUCAGUUCCGAGCCACCCUUAAAACGCCUAGGCGAUGAGGGAGCAGAAGGCGAGCUGAGAACAAAGCACAAGCUGACAUCCUACAGCACCCUCACUACCCACACCCCCCUCCAGGUGGGAUAUCUGUGACAGUCUCCAGGCACUCUUGGCUACCCUAGAACUAAAGAAAGGGAAAAACAAAUGGUUAAUUGAUAAAGAUCACAAUCCCGCAGGACUUGAGUUUCCAUCAGUGUACCAAUGUGUCGGUGAUACACAAGGAAAAAGCAUUCUUAUCCAUAGUCUAACUCUCAGAGACCCAUAACUCAACUUUCUGGAGUCCUAAGGUCACCCUCCCCUCCGUGGAAAACAGAGAAAGAAGGGAAAAUAAAAUCAAAUUUCUUAAUGACCUGCAGGGCCCUGGCAAGGACCUGAGACAGGCAGGAAGCUCCGACUGUCUUACUUUUGGUGCCUUACUAGCUGGAGUAACAACUUUAGCUUGACAAAAGCCAGGCAUCCAGCAUCCUAGGAAUUUUCUUUAGCAUAUGAAAGUCCUUUUGGACUCCUCUCCCCACCUCAGGUAUAUAAUCAGCCACUUCUCACAAUCCCAGCACACAGCUUUCUGUCCACCAGUCCUGUCCCCAUGCUUCAGUAGAAUCAUCUUUUUGCACCAAAGACAUCUCAAGAAU